AUAAAGAAAGAACACCGUCACCGUCACCGCCACCUUACAAACCAUAGUCCAAACACUCUCGCCCACACAAUUACAGCGCUCGCAGACUUCUAUUUCUCUCUCUCUCUCUACCGGUUGCAGUGAAGAUUCUGAGGCACCGGUGAUUUUGUGAUGGCUUCUAAAAGGAUAAACAAGGAGUUGAAGGACCUUCAGAAAGAUCCUCCCGCUUCAUGCAGUGCCGGCCCUGUGGCUGAUGAUAUGUUCCACUGGCAAGCAACAAUUAUGGGCCCAGCAGACAGCCCAUUUGCGGGGGGUGUGUUCCUUGUAUCCAUUCACUUCCCGCCAGAUUAUCCAUUCAAGCCACCUAAGGUUUCUUUCCGGACAAAAGUUUUCCACCCUAACAUUAAUAGCAAUGGAAGCAUCUGUCUUGACAUCCUAAAAGAGCAGUGGAGCCCUGCCCUUACCAUAUCCAAGGUCCUGCUAUCAAUAUGUUCACUGCUGACCGAUCCAAAUCCAGAUGAUCCUCUGGUGCCUGAAAUUGCUCACAUGUACAAGACCGACAGAGCAAAGUAUGAGACAACAGCCCGGUCCUGGACCCAGAAGUAUGCCAUGGGCUAGGGCUGUUGUUCUGCAUGAGUUGAUAUGUCAUCCUUAAAGGCAUCAUAUUAGUAAAUAAAUAAUUAUAAUCUGGUCCGAAGAUUAAAGAACGAACUUGUUCUGUUGUGGUGUGUCCUCUGUCUUAGGGAAAUUCUUAUAUGCGGUUUUCUUCAACCGAGAUAAUCUUAAUUACUUUUAGACAUGGCAUAAUUAUGUGGAACUCCGUGGCAAAAUCUUGUUUUUGUUUUGCUUCACAUU